CAUAGCACGUGAUCAAAACACUUAACUCUUGAAGCGGGUGAACCAGACAUGUCUUCCCCCACGGCGAUUUCAGAGCAUUUCUUGAAGUCUACCGCAGAAUCUUGGGAGGAUACAUUCCGUACUAACACGACCGCCAUCUUCUACACAUCCAUGGCCUUCCUCCCGCUCCUCACCAAGGGCGGCAAGAAAACUCCCGGCUAUACCAGCAGCGUUAUCAACGUGACUUCUAUCUCUGGCGCCAUGAAGGGUAGCAGCGGCGGGCAAUUCGCGUACGGGACCAGCAAAGCGGGCGCCACUCAUUUGAGCCGGAUGCUAGCAGUUACGUUCGCGAAGACGCGUGUGAGAGUGAAUGUGAUUGCACCGGGCUUGUUUCCGAGUGAGAUGACGACGGGGGAGUCUGAGGAGGAUAAUAAAAGUGUGAUCGACAAGAAGUUGAGUAACCCCGCAGGGAGGCCGGGGAGGGAUACGGGUAUGGCGGCAACGGUGUUGAUGUUGGCGGGCAAGGGAGGCGUUUUCUACAAUGAGCAGAUUAUGUACCCGGAUGGAGGGAGUAUGUUGGUGCAGCCGGCGUCAAAUUGAAGCACAAAACAUGGGUUGUAUGUGUUCUGAGGUACUACAGUGCCUUGCCGUAAAUAUCCGUACACCUCCCUACCAUUGUCCAUGGGGCUUCAACGUACUAAUAGAACCUGGGGGCAGCAGAUACACUUCCAAUCUGCGUACACCCUGUUGACGCUGUCCGGGGUAGCCUUACGAGUUUACUAAUUGUCCAAAAUGUGGAAGUUCUCUUCUUUUCCGAAAGCUGAAAAUACUAUGAAGCUCCUUGUGCGGCGAUAAACGAGUGUAAAGAUUUCUAUAACGAA